CGCUCGGUGUUUGGAUGCGGUCUGGUUACAUUAUUGUUAAAUCGCGAGUCUUUAUGCGUUUUCAUAAAAAAAUCAAAUUGCAUGCUAUAUUUUUGUUCAGAGACUUUACAUCUGCAACGUUAGCCUCACGGAAUAUAUAUAUAUUAUUAGGAUAAUUCGAGUGAAGUCCCUGCCAGCCAUUUCGUGAGUUAUCCACGGAUACAGUCAUGCCUUUUCUACGGGGGAAGAAACCAAGUGUUACUGUCGGCAGUAAAAUACCCAAGCCAAAUGUUAAAAUGACUGAGAAUCAGGAGGAUGGUCAAAUGGUAAAGAGGUUAUCCUCUUCUCCUAAAGGAGCCCCCAAAAAGAGGACAGCCUUUGUAGACAUCACCAAUGCACACAAGGUCCACAUAAGCCUCCCAGGAAACAAAAAGAAAGACUGCCUCAAGAAAACCCAGAAGAAGUCCACCAAGAACGAAACCAAACUGAAAAAGGCCUUAUCAGUCAGCUCUGAAAGCCAGGAGGAGGAGAUCCAGGGACAGGGGGAGAUCCAGGGACAGGGGGAGAUCCAGGGACAGGAGGAGAUCCAGGGACAGGAGGAGAAGACAUCAGUGGAAUAUGUGGGGGUGGUGCUGGAGGCUGUCCCACCUAGGGAGCUGCCCCCACACCUCCAAAGACCACAGAUCCCUGAGGAGUUUGACAUUGACGCGCAGCACCUGGAUGAUGUCAGUCUGACUGCGGAAUAUGCCAAGGAGAUCUUUGACUAUCUCAAGUCCAGGGAGGAGAAGUUUCCACUAGCUGAUUACAUGCUCAUCCAACCGAGCCUUAACCCUGGGAUGAGGGCCAUCCUGGUGGACUGGCUGGUCGAGGUUCAGGAGAACUUUGAGCUGAACCACGAAACCCUUUACCUGGCGGUCAAGCUGACGGAUCACUACCUGUCCACUGCUCCGGUCAACAGAGAGAGCCUGCAGCUCAUUGGGUCUACGGCUAUGCUCAUAGCAUCCAAGUUUGAGGAACGUAGUCCGCCGUGCGUGGACGACUUCUUGUACAUCUGCGAUGAUGCCUACAAGCGAGAGGAGCUGAUCACUAUGGAGAGCAGCAUCUUGCAGGCCCUGGGGUUUGACAUCAACAUCCCUAUCCCAUACCGCUUCCUCCGGCGAUAUGCUAAGUGUGUGAAUGCUAGUAUGGAGACCCUUACCCUGGCCCGGUAUGUCUGUGAGCUCAGUCUACACGAGAUGGACCUUGUAACAGAACGAGGAUCUCUACUAGCAUCUGCCUGUCUGCUGCUAGCGCUGGUCACCAAGGGCCUAGGAGGAUGGUCCCCCAUACUGGUGUUUCACUCUGGUUACAGCGUGACCGAGCUGGUCCCUAUUGUUCGGAAGCUCCACUGCAUGCUCACCUCAACACCAGAUGACAAACUGAAAGCGGUCAGGAGCAAAUACUCACACAAUGUAUUCUUUGAAGUUGCAAUGAUUCCGACAGUGGACCUAGCGACAUUGGAGAAAGCAUUUUACAGUGAUGGAACAAGCAAUUAGAAAAGGUUAUGGGUGUGUGAGAAAGUAUGUACAUUUUCAAAGAAACUGUAAAUAAUAAUAUCUGUAAUAUAUAUAUUUUGCUUUGCCAUCCUUUUAUAAUAGACAUUGCAUGUUUGCAUUCUGUAUAAUCAAACUUAGAUAAAACAGUUUUACAGGUUAGUUCUUUGUUUUUAGCUCUUUUUACACUUGUUCUUAAAAAGAGAAAGAUGUUAAAGUUUUACACCUCUGUGUUAUUCUGUUGUUACUAGGAGCUAUUUGGACUAUGUAGUGAGAAAUAAGUCAGUAUAUGAUUGUAAUAUCAUUGGCCAGUGAUAUUCUUGCUAUUGCAUGUGUAUACCGAAGUGUUCUUAUAGGCUCAGGAUAAACAAGCAUUUUUCAGAAGGGGGCAACGUUUUGUUCCAACCCUGUUCAAAGAUACACACUAGUGUAUAUUCAAAUACUAGUCAGUGUCCUCAUUGGGACAUUUAUUAGCUGAAACAGGUAUUUUAAAGCAGAGCUGGAGCAAACACGUGCACAAUUACUAGUAAACAAUUACUAAGAUUGCAAUCUCUUUACUGUCUGUGAUCUAAAAUAUGUUUAUAUGUACAGUGUAUUGUAUCAUGUAAAAAAAAAAAAGUCUGGUACAAAUUAUUUCAGUGAUGCUAUUUUUAAAUGGCUUUCUAAGCUCUGGACAUUUAAAUAAAUCUGUUUUAUUGCAUAAA